UCCGGAAGACGUGGCGGCUCUCCCCUGGGUUGUUUCCCGGCUUCUUUUCUCCCCACUUUGCUUAACGCCCUGGGCGCCCGGAGGUGCAGUAGCCGUUCCCCUCACCGCUGCAGCCAUGAUCUCCUUAACGGACACCCAGAGGUCUCGCCGCUCUCACCCCCAGUGAGAUGGACGCUUUGUUCCUGCAGAUGGCCACAAGAGAAAGUUUGAUGCGCGGUACCCGCGGUUCAUCCUUGGGGACGUUUCUGCACAUGACAAACUUGGGGUCGUCUACAAGUUACUGGCCGGUUGUUUGGGAGGCGGUAUUUUAGAUGUCACCUAUUAAAUUGGAAUGGGAUUAACAGGAUUUGGAGUGUUUUUCCUGUUCUUUGGAAUGAUUCUCUUUUUUGACAAAGCACUGCUGGCUAUUGGAAAUGUUUUAUUUGUGGCUGGCCUGGCUUUUGUAAUUGGUUUAGAAAGAACAUUCAGAUUCUUCUUCCAAAAACAUAAAAUGAAAGCGACAGGAUUUUUCCUGGGUGGAGUAUUUGUAGUCCUUAUUGGUUGGCCUUUGAUAGGCAUGAUCUUUGAAAUUUAUGGAUUCUUUCUAUUGUUCAGGGGCUUCUUUCCUGUGGUCAUUGGCUUUAUUAGAAGAGUACCAGUCCUUGGAUCCCUCUUGAAUUUACCUGGAAUUAGAUCAUUUGUAGAUAAAGUUGGAGAAAGCAACAAUAUGGUAUAACAACAAGUGAAUUGAAGACUCAUUUAAAAUAUUGUAUUAUUUAUAAAAUCCUUUGAAGAAUAUUCAGCACAAAAUUAAAUUACAUGAAAUAGCUUGUAAUGUUCUUUACAGAAGUUUAAAACGCAUAGUCUACAAAGUACCAAUAGCAGUUAACAAAGAAGCAAUGAGAACAGGCUUCUAAUCAAGUGAUCUGAGAAGUCAGCAAGCAAACUAAAGGAGAUGAACUCUAGGUUACAGUACUUAUUGAAACUCCUGAAGGCGAUUUUUAUUGUUUAUCCACAAUGUGCGAAGCACAGCCAUCCUUGGAGAACUGUGGUGCCUGUUUCUUUCCUUUUUAUUUUGAAGGUGCAGGAGCACGCAUAGGCAUUUGCUUUUUAGAAAUAUCCACUGGAAUGGCAAAAAUAUUUCCAGUUGCACUGUGUCUCUGAAAGUGAUGCAUGAGUUAGAUUGGAUUAUGUCAUUUUAAUGUAUUAAAACCAAGGAAAACCCAGUUUUGAUGUAUGAAUCACUUUUUUUUUGUAAACAUAUGGCUAAAAUAAAACAUUUGUGGUUCUUCUGA